AUGGCUUCCCUCUUCAACAAGUUCCAAGAGGCGAUCAGAACAAUUGCUAAGAGCCCCAUGUUUGCUCGUGAUCCAAGGCACCUUCAAUUUGAAGCUGAUGUAAAUCGUUUGUUUCUCUAUACAAGCUAUUCUCGGCUGGGUGAGAAUGCUGAAGAGAAGGACGCAGAGGAGAUUAUUGACUUGGCUAGCAAAGCUUCUGUUGCUGAUCAGCAGAAACAAGUGCAGGAAAAUGUUCAUUAUCAACUUAAGCAUAUGUGCCAAUCAAUGGAUAACAUUUUAUGUCAUGAUACAACAAAUGAUCCGUCAAAGGAACCUUCAGAAGCACAUAAUCAUUCUCGGCGUAGUGGAUUGAGUUUUGCCGUUGGUGGUGCUGCAUCUUCAAACAAGCAAAGUGCAGUUAUCCCUGCUACACGACCUUUAACUCGAGCAGAAUUGUCAAAGAAAUUCAGGGAUCAUUUUGGGUACACCCUUGACAUCGGACCAUCUGGAAUUCCUCACAAAGAUGCAGGCCAAGAGAAGAACAUGAGAGUAUACAUCCCUAACAUUACGUUUGGUGGUGAAGAGACCAUUAAGAUGAAGAGGUUUGGCUCCUUCUAUUUCAAGUCUGGAGGUUCUGAUAAUCAAGCUGGUGAUUCUCUAGUGCUGAAGACGCUUGUGCUCGUGAGUACAAUGUCCAUCUGUGAUGAAGAGCUCUUCCUAAAUUACCGUUACAGUAACUCAAAGCGGCGACCAGAGUGGUACAGCCCUGUCGAUGAAGAAGAGGAUAAGAGGAGAUGGAGCUAG